GGCACCUCUACAUACAGAUCUUCAUGUAGACAUCACGAAAAGGCCUCUAAGAUGCAGCUGAUCUGGCACAUUUACCCUGCCAUCAUCCUCCUACACCUGGCCGGAGAAGCAACCUCGUCAUGUUCGACGUAUUGCUCCUGCAAGUGGAAGAACGGGAAACAGACAGUCGAGUGCCCGAACAGGAACAUGUCGGACAUACCUGACGGGUUGGAUUCCGAGACCCAGGUGUUGGACUUCAGCAAGAACAGGGUGGGCAAGUUGACUAAGGACCUCUUUUUGAAGAAGCAGCUGAUCAAUCUGCAGAGGCUGUACAUGUCAGAGUGUCGAAUAAAGGCAGUUCAUCGAGACGCAUUCAAAGGCCUUUCUAACCUAGUCGAGCUGGAUCUUUCAAGGAACUUUAUAGAGACUAUCCCAACUGGCGCCUGGAUAAACUGUCCCUCGGUAAUGAGGUUAUCUCUCAACGAGAAUCCUAUCACUACCUUGAAAAGGCUGGCCUUCAACCACCUUCCCUACCUAACUGCUCUCGAACUGAGCAACUGUGCUGUUGAAGAUGUGGAAGAAGACGCCUUCCUAGGUUUGCAUACGCUGGAACGGCUCACUAUUGAUGGGAACAAGUUGCAAACAAUACCGGGGAGGAAAACGCUGCCCGAAAAUUUAAAAGACCUCCAACUGCACAACAAUCCAUGGCAGUGCGAUUGCCAUGCCAUGGACCUCUCCUCUUGGUUGCUGGAAACAACAGUACCGUUGACAGAACCACUGGUUUGCGCUGGUCCGCCAAGGCUACGAGGUCGCCAUUUAAUUGAUAUACCUAUGGAGCAGUUGGCAUGCCUACCUGAUGUUCAGCCAACAGCCUUCUACCUGGAGUUGGCAGAAGGAAAGAAUAUUUCGUUGUUGUGUCACGUGCAUGCUGUACCAGAGGCUACUGUGUCUUGGUGGUUCCAAGGAAGGAUGCUGCAGAAUGACACCAUGAUUGCACCGGGUGUCCAUCUAAUUUACUAUGUGGAAGAAGGUUCCGAGAACAAGCGUAGCGAGCUGUUUAUCUACAACGCAAACGCUGAGGACAAUGGCACUUUCAUCUGCAAUGCUGACAACGCAGCUGGCAAUUCCCAGUCCAACUUCACCAUACGAAUCAUACUCAAGGAGAACCCCAUCGUGAUCAUCGUGUCGUUCCCAUUGGAAUACUUCUUGGUAGCAGUGAUUGGUGUUUCCAUUUUGGGUGUGAUAGUGUUGAUAGUGAUAGUGGUGUUAGUGGUGCGGUGUUUGCGCCGGAAACAAGGAAAACUGGACAAAACGGGACAAUAUGAUAAAUCAACAGUGAAAAGGGGAGAUGGUGGAGAAGGCUCUUCGAUAUCUGCUAAGGUGAGCUUCUAUUUUCUAUAUAAGACUUUCUGCUUGUACUUUGUCUUCUCUAAAAUAGUUUGA